AAAAAUAUCAGAAAUAAAGAAGAAGAAAAAGAAAUUAACAUUCAAAGAACAUUGCUUAAAAAUUCUUGGUGUUUCGGUUCUAAAGAAUUCCAACUUCCUUUGUUUGUUAGUAUCUUAUUUUUUUAUCUCAACUCGUCAAAUCGCCUUCCAAUACCUCCCGUCUUCAUGCUAUCGUUCCACUUGGAACGAUCCGAAAUAGCCGUUUUGAUGUCCAUAUUCGGCAUUUGGCUGACCAUCGGUCAGCUUUGCAUCGGUUUCAUUGUUGAUCUCCUUCAUCUGAACAGCAAAAUCGUGCUGGUGUUCUCGCAGGCGGUCGUCGGGGCCAUCGCCAUCUGCAUCCCACACUGCGACACCUACGUCCUGCUUGCCGUUGCGCUCAGUCUAAUUGGCCUUACAGCAGGAUUUACAGGCUCCGUUCGGUUGCUCAUUACGACUGAAGUCACAGGUAGAGAGAAGUGUAAGGAAGGAUUCUCCAUGCUAAACCUUAUCAUUGGAAUAGUUUUCUCUGUCGGUUCACCCUUAUUUGGAUUGCUUUAUGAUGUUACGAAAUCAUUGAAACUUGUCUUCUACAUAAGCGGUUCGUGCCAGUUGUUGGCAGCUGCCUGCGUUCUUAUUAUUUGUAAAUUUAUUCGAAAAAUGUCCUUUAACUCCGUACAACACGAAACAGUUCUCAAAGAUGUGGAAAGUUAUGAGAAACGACCGGUGCCACCAGAUGGCGGCUGGGGAUGGGUCGUCUGCUUUGCUGCAGCCUCUCUCUGUUUCAUAGUAAAUGCAGUGACAAGUCCUUCUGGAAUAUUCCUCAUUGGUCUCACCAGAAUCUUUGAUGACCCAGUAUCGAAGCUGUCUUUAAUCGGAGCACUACUGAUUGGACUCAGUAUGCUUGCAGCUCCAGUGGCCAAUAUGUUGUUGGUUUACUUUAGCCAUCGGACAGUGAUCAUAUUAGCAGGUCUUCUGGGUUUCAUAGGAGCCAUAUUGGGAGCGUUUUCAACCAGUAUCGAUAUGAUGAUCGUUACAUAUGGCCUCAUCGCAGGUGUGUCACUUGGAAUGUCAUUUUUCACCGGACAAAUCAUUGCAGGAUUCUAUUUUGAAAAGAAGCGUGCUUUGGCAAUAGGAAUAUCGAAUUGUGGUGGUGGAAUGGGGACAUUAGUGGCCAAUAUGUUACUUGAGUACCUCAUAGACUUUUAUGGACUGAGAGGGACCUUGCUUCUUAUUUCAGGGGCACUUUUGAAUAUUGUUGUUUUUGGAUCGCUUUGCCGACCCCUGCAAUAUGCCUACAAAAAUGUUGAGCAGAAAGAAUCUAAAGCCUCACCAGACGGAACGAACCGAUUUUCUGUGAUAGAAAACCAAGAAUCGGACUCAACGGAAAUUAUGAAACAAAACCAAAUGGUCAACAAGGCAUUUGUUAGCUCAGACGAAAGACACAUUACGGAGAAUCUAUCAGCGUCAGAGAGAAACGAAGUGAAAGACGAGUCCAUUAUUCAGGAGCAGGAAGUUGGCAGAAGAUCGCUGACGAAACGUUGUUCAAAUAUAAUUGGUUUUGGACUUUUGAAAAAUAUCAACUUCGUCUUAGUGAUGAUAUCCUAUGUUUUCUUUCAGAUAGGUGCAAUCACGAUAAUGUAUAUUGCCCCUCUCGCUGUUUGGUCGUUUGGAAUAAGCCAACAGAGGUCCGCCAUUUUGAUGUCACUUCUUGGAAUAUUUACAACGGUUGGUAAUAUCUUCGUUGGUAUGCUUGUUGAUUUGCUUCAUCUUAGGAGCAACAACUUAUACAUCUUCUCUAUGCUAAUAUUCGCUAUUACCAUCAUAAUGAUGCCAUACUGUUACAGCUUCCAGUACAUCGCCCCCGUCGUCUGCAUCUACAGUGUAGCACACGGGUUCAUUGUUUCACUCAGACUGGUGCUGACCACUGAAUCCGUCGGCAUACAACAUUCGACAAAGGCAUACAGCUUUGUAAGUGUCACCAGUGGAAUUGCGGGUCUAUUUACCCCUCCACUUUUUGGACUGGUUUACGACGUCACUGGAUCGUUCCUGAUUGUCUUCUUCGGAGCUGGUGCUUCUACUUUAAUUGGAGCAGUGCUUAUUUUGGUAAUAGCUUUACGUAAUAAGUUUUCUGACAAAUAAAUUAUAUUUUAUAAAUUGU